AUGCAGACACGAUAUGCCAUGAAAUACAGACAUUGCGACGGUAAAUUGGUUCUCAAGGUCACUGAUGAUAAAGAGUGUAUCAAGUUUAAGACAGACCAAGCACAGGAUGCUAAGAAGAUGGAAAAGCUUAACAACAUAUUCUUUACUUUGAUGGCUCGCGGUCCUGAUGUGGAUAUAUCCGAAGUCACGGGAAAAGAACAGGCAGAAGCACAACCAGCUAAAAAAGGAAGGGGAAGGAAACAAUAACAUCCAUAUAUCAAGAAAUCGGCUUUGGGCAAAAUUACAGCAGUUAUGGCUAUAAAGCAAAAGGUUUUUGUUUUCCAAGCCAUUUGAUUCUGGUUGAAAAAGAUUUAUUUGUGGUAACUUAACGCUUUUGCUGUUCAAUUAGCAAAUUUUCAAUGGAGGGCUUUGUCUCUAUUUCGCUGGUUGUGGUACUUGAUAUCUCAUUGUUGGCAUUUUCAUUGUUCUCUAUGCAUUCUGCUACUGUUUUGGUUAAAGUGCAUUGAUAUUAUGUGGA